UACAUUCAUGAAAAUUAAGUGUCUGUAUGCACAAAAACAUGUCUGACAUGUGGACGUUUUCAGCAGCGACUCCUCCUAUCGCCCAUCACGCCUCUCUUUCUCAGUCACUUCCUCCCCUGGCCUCCACAUUGUCAUUCAGAAACCCUUCUCCUACCAAGGUAACUUCCCCCCAUCAGUGUCCACCCCAGGCUACCUCCCCUAAUUUUGUACCCCAGACUCAGAUAUCCUCAUUUCAGUUUCCCCAACCCCAGGUAACCUCCUCUCACCUAUCACCACAGAUACAGGUAUCCUCCUCCCAUUUCUUUUAUCAACCCCAAAUAAGCUCUCCUCACCUCCCUUCAUCUCAAAUUAACUCCCCUCAUGACCUUGCUCCUCUCCAGGUAAACUCCCCUCUCCUCAAUAGUCCCCUUGUUACCUCUCCUAACCUUUUACCCCAACAUCAGCCCCCACUCUACAACCAAAGUUCUGUAACAGAGUCCGAUUAUACCGACUGGAAUAAAUGUGAGUCUUCCUCAGACCUUUCCUGCUUUUACAACUGUGGCAGUUUUCCCUAUCAGAACCAGACCCAGUUCAAUACUGGUGAGACUCGCCACAGAGAGGAAUUUGAGAGCACAAACAAACUUUAUGAAACUCAUGCAAAUCAUGUCAGUGGCAUGUUUGAACAGAGUGACUCACCUGCUCCAGUUCAGCACUCCUGGGGUGCUCUGAUACCAACCCUGUCCCAGGUGCAGCACCGUUCACUGGGCUCCACAUCUGCAGGAGGUACAGUGGAGAGAUGGAGCUCAGUUGACUUGAGCUCAUCUUCUCAGGACUUCCAUCCCAACAAUUUCUUUAAUGAAAGAUACUAUGAAAAUUAUGCCAAACAGCCCUUCUGUAGCCCACUGACCCCCGGUCCAAGUCCUCAGUAUCCCCAAACCCCAGCUGUUUCCAGUCCAGGCCUUCCACUGCAUCUUGUAGCAGAUACAAAAAGUUUUCAAAAACAAAAAUCCAUACAGGAGAGCAGGAAUCAUAACUCAAGCUACUGUCUGAAUGAUGAUAACAACUACUUUGAAAUCUCCGAUCUGGGUCAGCAACAACUUCAUCAGACAAGCCGACACCAUCUAAUGUGCCAAACAGAACUCACUGAGGACCUGGCAGGCCUUCUAAAAUGUGCUGAAACACUCGAAACCAGCUCCUCUCUUCAGGAAACAGGGCCGAAUGUCAGCUGUGCUGGUCCAACCCUGGGCCUUCCAAUUGACAUGACCCAUAAAGAGGAGUGUGAAAGAAGAAGAAAAAGGACGGCAAGAAAAGAAAAUCCUCCAGAUUCGGUUUGGGUUAAACAGAUUCAACAAGAAAGAAGCACAAAACGUCUUGACACUAGGCUGCUGUGUACAGUGUGUAACCGUGACUUCAAGAGCUUGCCAGCAUUAAACGGCCACAUGCGUUCCCACAGUGGCUUCAGGUCACCGACACUGCUAAAAAAGGAAAGCUCACCACCUACUUUAAACCCAGUGUCCAUGGUGAUACCAGUUUCCAUCCCUGUCCAAACAAGAGGAACGUCUGAGCAGAAGCAAUGCAGCCUCCUCCCUUCGACCAUCAGUGGCGCUGUGCUCUAUCGCAGCCUAAUGCACCUGGAGGAGCAGCAGGAAGCUGUUGCUAGAGGCAAUAAGGAUGGCAGAUCAAUAAUCACAGCAGAUUUAGGUCAUUACACCCCUCCACCGAUGCUGUGUCCUCAGAGGGCAGGGUCAGGGCUGCACUACUCCCUCACCACCAACAGGAAGCAGAGAGUGCAGACAAUCCAGCAAAAAAAUGAAUUAAGUGACCCUGCUUCAGUGGCAACAGCCUGUCCUCCACUUGGUUCUUUAGCAUCAAACGUCAUCAAGCCGAGGAUUAAUGUAGGGCAAAGAUUUCAGGCUGAGAUCUCACCCUUACAAGACAAAAAACAUGCUCAGACUGACUCCCACAAUGCCUUGCUGCUGUGGACGCCAUAUGACGAGCUGGAACAUCCUAUCAAUCAACAGAGAGUUGAGACUCUGCUGCUGAUGACCCGGUCCAGUGUGGUACCAAGAUGCCAGGCGAGUCCAGAGUGUGCCCUCCAACUCCUGUUAGAGUCCAGAGGAGACUUCCUGCUGACGGUGGAAAGACUACUGUCAACUCCUGAAACCUCCAACAAUCAGUGUGGUUCCUGGUGGAGUGCAGCAGAGAAGAAACUGCUGAUUAAAUCCCUGAAUCUCCAUCAGAAAGACUUCAACAGCAUCCAGAAAAUUGUUCAGUCAAAGUCCCUGUCUGAGUGUGUUGAGUUUUAUUAUCUGUGGAAGAAGAAGUUGAGGCUGAACAUGAAGACCCACACAGAGCUGACCAUCACUCUGCCGAACACGGAUGGUCAAAAACCAUCAAAAUUUCAGGAAGCAUCGUGAAUCAAACCAUCAACCUGUCGGACUAGACACUACUUGGCAUCACAACUAGUCAAAAUCAUUGUAACUAGAACAGAUUUAUGUUUUAUUUGUAAAUUUAGUUCCCUAAAUUAAUGCCAAAUAUUACCCCAAAUAUAUUUAUUCCAGGUGUCAUAAAAAAAGAUGUGAUGUUGUAUUCGUAAAACAUUUUUACAUAAGCAGAAUAUAAGAAAACUUUCACCAAGACAUUUGUAUUUUCAUUUUGUAGAUUGUCGUAGCAGAAUUUUGUGAUAUUUUUAUACACAUUACUGUCUUUUUAAAUACGAUCAUUUAAUAAAUCCACAAAAGGAGGACAGGCAAACAUUGUGUUUGAGUCUAUUUUCAGAGUGUAAGGUCUGUAAGGUUGUUUCAUUUCUUUAAUCCUCCCAGU